GAUUGAUGAUCGACCGGCGAGCAACAAUGGUUCGACCGUGGAACGCGAGAAGAUCUAACAUCUCCCGUAACGUUCAUGAUGGGUGCGUGGGCGGUGCGACUGUGGUUCGAUGGUGGUACGAGGAAGGAGCGUGUUCGGUGCAGGUUGGAAGCACGAAUAUGUGUACGCAGCUAAACAAUGCGGCGCUUCCUAACAAGAUGGCGGAUUUUAGCGUCAGGGUACUAGCCAAGUUUCCGUACUGUAUGUAUACUGUUAUAAUAUUGCUGCCAUCCCUAGUUCUGAGUUGUAAAUGUAUAGUCUAUUGCUAAGUGUUUUUAGAUAACCAAUAAACAAGACAACAUUAGCUUUUGCAAAUUUCAAUUAAAUAUUAUGAUAUACUACAUUAAUCUCUAGAAUUUUCACUUGUUUUGUCGUCUUUUUUUAUUCAAUUUGAAAUUUAAACUGUCAACGUUAACGAUGAAUGCUGCUACUAAGGUUGGUGAGAUAUUUACCUCUGCUGGUGCUGCAUUACAAAAUUUGGGCGAAUUGACUCUACAGUUGCAUCCUACUGCAGAUUCUCCGGCUGGUAAGUGGACGGAUGAAGAAAUUGAAAUGCUUCGUCAGGCAAUCAAAAAGUUUGGAGACGAUCUGGAUCAAAUAAGUGAACACAUCAAAGGCAGAUCUGUUGCGCAAAUCAGAGCUACAUUGAAGAAGAAGGCUUUCGAGGAUGCGGGCAUUCCAGUUGUUACCGAGUCACCACAGCUGCAGUCACCGCAGUCACAGGCCAUGAUAACAGGCAAGUCGGCUGCUGAAGUCACGCUCAACAUGCUCAAUGCCACCGAAAACGAAUCCGAAAUCGACGUGGAGGACUUGCCUGACGAGGUCAAGCUCCACUUUGAUGCGGGUACUGAAGAGGUUACAUCCUAAUAAUCACUUACCUCAACAAAUUGUUCUUUUCAUUUUCAAUAUUAAAAAAUUGAAAAAACCAUUCAAGUGUAUAGGUGUAUAGAUACAGUUCUAUUCGAUCUCAGGUUUGAAAACAAACGUCUGUGUGUGAACAAAUACUGAAGUUAAUCUAUUUGAUCUCAAUUUUGAAAACUAAACAAAAAAAUGUUUGUGAAUAAUUAUUAAUUGUUCUAUUCAACCUUAUUUUUAAGAGGUUAUUUUGUGUCGAUAAUAAUAUUAAACAAAUCAGUUGGUUAGUGUUACUUGGGUUAGUGAAUCAUGGCAGUUGGAGGCGAUAUUUGCAUUGGUGAGACUUUUACAUUUGCGAUUCACUUCAAACAAGUCAUGUACUGAAGGAAUGAUGUGUUUGUGAAAUAAACUGAAUAAUUAUUCGGAUAUAUUUGUGCGCUUUUGAUGCCAAAAAUAAAUUUGUUCAAGUGA